AUGGUCCAGACUCUCGAAACGAGCGACACCUUCCCGGUCCCGUUCCCGUACAUCGUCCUAGCCCACAACCAGCGGUACCCGUCGCCCUACGGCAAGCACAUUCUCUCGUCCGACGUCAUCUCGCGCACCUUCCACCCGGCGACCAACUCGCUCCGCACGACGCGCCUCAUCCUCAAGCGCGGCAAGGUCCCGCGCUGGGCCCCGCAGGUCAUCCAGCGCAUCGACACGACCUGGGUCCUCGAAGAGACCGAGGUCCACGUCGGGCUCGAGGGCCCGGACGGACAGCUCGAGGAGGGCGGCAGCGCGGGAGGGCCGAGGAGGGAGCUCAGGACGAGGAGCAGGAACAUUGACCGCACAGAGUUCAUGGAGGUGUUCGAGUGGCAGGUCUUUCGUCAGAAGCCCGACGACCCGCUCGCCACCGACGUCAAGACGUUCUCGCGCGUCACGUCCGAGUUCGGCUUCUGGCCCCUCGCCAACCGCAUCGAGUCGUUCGGCGUCUCAAAGCUGCCGCGCUCGAUCGAGGGCGCCCGCCUCGGUCUCCUCCUCGUCGCCGAGCUCCUCCUGCGCCCGUCGACCGCGCCGACCCUCCUCGCGUCCGGCCCGCUCAAGCCCUUCGCGUUCGACCCGGUCCCCUCGCCGCUCACGCUCGCCGUGCGGCAAAAGCUCGUCGAGGCGCGCAGCGCGUGGCAGGUCGAGCAGGACGCGCGGCGCGAUGCAGCGGGGGCGGGCGAGGGCGGUGAGGGCGGCGAGGGCGGCGCGAGGAAGGAGCCGAGGGGCUUGAGGGUGUGGAGGGAGAGGUGGCGCGGCGCGGUCCAGAGGGGCAAGAGGCGGUUCCGCCACAGGGUGUGCGCCGUCACGGGCUUGCUCUGUGACGAGCCCGAGCCGGCGGCGGCGGGCGUCGGCGUCGAGGGUCCGGGAGCGGGUCCGUGA